GAACUGAGCUAAAGGAUGGGAGCGUGGUCGCGCUAACUCCGCCCAUGUUCUUUACCAAGCAACAGCACGUUCACGAACUGGGAAGUUUACAACGUCACGUGGUACCACCUCAUGGGAGCUUGGCCGACUUAAUUUGCUGAUGAAACAUAAGUGAUUCACAAUUAAACCCGAAUGAUAAUAAGAACAUCAAAGCAGUUUCGCAUGGAAGUCCUGUGAGCCCAGUUUGUUCUAAUGCUAAGGCAAGCGCAAGUAGGUGCUUACAGUGCAAAGGUGGUGGAACUACGGAUACCUGGAGGGUUCUUUCUGGCUUGAUAUCGCUGUUGUCAUAGGAAUGUAGUCACGUGCUGCAGUGAUCGAAGGAAAUGACAAUUUUUAGGCGGAUUGUGAUAGCUAUACCAGGACAUGAAUAUUACAUCCACAUGGGUCACAUUUCCUCUUGACUGGUCAUCAUUUCACUAUCCCACAGUCCUGCACCUGUCCCUGUGCAUUUAGCUUCUUUGACAGUCCAAAAGGGUGUGAACCUUGCACUGUGAUCUGCAGCCUAAAGGUAACUGUGUGCAGAUGGAAAGGAAAGAGAGAGGGGCAGCCUUUGUUGAAGACCUGCCAGUCUCCGAAGGAGAGCCAGUAGCAAGAAGCAAGGAAGAAGCAGUUACUUCAAAGGCCACAGUGACCAACUCCAAGGUAAAGUGUGAGCUGCAGAUCACAGAAGAUUUGGAUGAGUUUGCAGAUGUAGGUCAAAAGAAAAAAAAUGAACUAGAAGAAAUUCCUCAGCCCCCUAUUCCCAAACUCAUCACGAAGACUAUCAUCAAACCUAAACAAGUUCCCAAAAGCACACCAGUCAAGAAAAAGUUGGAGCCCAAAAGUGUUGGGCCAAUGAAGGAAGAGGAGUCUGCUUCCUGGAAUGGAAUCACACUAAACAGGUGUCUGACUAUAGCUGCCUUUGCUGCCCUAAUAAGUGUGGGUUUCCAGGUUUUACAAGAAGUAGCUGAUGAAGAUGAGCUGACCGACCUAGAAAAUGAACCAUGGACACCAUCUGAUCCAAAUGACCAGCUGCAGUCAGAUUCAUGGUUUUUUGAAGGAUGGUUUGGAUCGUCUGAAAAAGAUGUUUCUGACGUGAAUUUGCCAGAAGUAGAAUUACCAGAGGUGAAAAAUGAUGAGUCUGUUGAAGAUGAGAUCAAUUCUGUAGAAGAAACUCUGCAGGAGGAUGAGGAGGAAGAGGCGCUAAAAGUGGAUACAGAAGUGGAAAAGAAUCUAGAUAAGGUGGAAAAAACUGAGCAAUGGGAUUUGAAGGACAAAAGUGAAUACAUGGAGACAAAAGCACUUGAAAUCCAUAGGGCAUCUGAAGAAGAAUCCCAUAAAGGAGAGGUGUUUCCGUUCAUGAAAAAAACAAAGGAGCCAAGCAAGUAUAAGGAAAAAACAUACAAAGAGAGAGAAUUUUCACAUGAACAUAAAUAUGAACACUAUAAAAAGCAGGAUGAAGGGAAGUCAUACAAGAAAGACAAAGAGGAACAUAAAAAAUAUUUCACACAGGAAGAAAAUGAAAGGUACAAGGGAUGGAAAGCAGACAAGGAGAAGGGAUGGAAAGCAGACAAGGAGAAGGGAUGGAAAGCAGACAAGGAAUAUAAACACUACCAGUAUGAUAAAGGUUUUAAAAAAUCUCAAGAUAAUAGAAGGCAUGGAUAAUAGACCAGAUGAUUUCAUACCCAAUGACCUUGUCAGGAUUUGGUGGUGUUCCAUUUGUUGCUACUUCUAAAGAGUUCAGGUUCUAAAGAAUAUAAACUGUUCUACUCCCUCACUGCCACAAAGAUGAAGCCUACAAAAAAAGUGUAUUGUUCUUCAUUCACUUUAGAAAAUUUCUUUACACUUUACAAAUCAGAUGCUUUAAUGUUUUUUUUUUAAGUAUAUAGAACAUGAAAAUAUUUUAUUUUCCUCCCUUAAAUUAUUAUUGUACAAAUAAACAAUGCAACAUAUUUUAAA